AUGAGCUAUUCAAAAUUUGAUUUAACUUUCAAAAUUGGUCAAUACUUAGACCGACAUCUCGUAUUUCCACUAUUAGAAUUCUUAGCAGCAAAAGAGACUUAUGAUCAGUCAGAAUUACUGCAAGCUAAAUUGGAGAUUCUAAGUAAAACUAACAUGAUUGACUAUGUUAUAGACAUUAGAAGAAUGUUGUAUCCAAACGAAGAUACUCCAGAGGAAAUCAAGGCUCGCAGAGGUGUGGUUCUGUCUCAGCUGCAAGAACUACAAGAUGCAGUAGAGCCAGUUCUGAGACUUAUGCAAAGGGAUGAUGUUAUGAAGACAGUUGAAACAAUGAGAGACCCUAAAACUCUCAUAAAUUACUUAACCACCAAUAGAGAAUUUGAGUUUAAAAUUGAAAUGAUAGACAGUAUGUACCAAUUAGCCAAAUAUCGGUAUGAGUGUGGAAACUAUGUGGAAUCUGCAUCAUACCUUUACUUCUGUCAACUGGUCAUGUCUCCUACUGAUAAGAAUUAUCUCUCGGUUCUAUGGGGAAAAUUAGCUAGUGAGAUAUUAGUCCAAAAUUGGGAUGGUGCUCUCGACGAUUUAACCAAGUUGCGCGAGUUUAUAGAUAACGGUGGCGCUGGCGCUACUGCUAGUAAUAUGCAAGCUCUUCAACAACGCACUUGGCUGGUUCACUGGUCACUUUUUGUCUUCUUUAACCACGUGAAAGGUCGUGACCUCAUCAUCGAAAUGUUCCUUUACAAGCCAUUGUAUCUAAACGCCAUUCAAACCAUGUGUCCACAUAUUUUGCGUUACUUGGCUACUGCUGUAAUUAUAAACAGAUCCCGCAGGAAUGCUUUGAAAGAUCUGGUAAAAGUUAUACAACAAGAAGCUUAUACCUACAGGGAUCCUAUUACAGAAUUUAUUGAACAUCUGUAUGUGAACUUCGAUUUUGAAGCAGCACGCAGAAAAUUAAACCAGUGUCAAGCAGUUCUUCUUACAGACUUCUUUUUAAUUGCUUGCUUAGACGAAUUUGUGGAGAAUGCUCGUUUGAUGAUAUUUGAAACAUUCUGCAGAAUUCAUCAGGUUAUCAGUAUUGGUAUGUUAGCGGAAAAUUUGAAUAUGCAGCCAGAUGAGGCUGAAUGUUGGAUUGUCAACCUGAUUCGGAAUGCACGUCUUGAUGCCAAGAUAGAUUCUAAACUAGGCCAUGUCGUAAUGGGUGCGCAGCCUCUUUCGCCUUACCAGCAAUUAGUAGAGAGAAUUGAUUCAUUGGCUGUCAGGUCAGAAGCUCUGACAUCUUUAGUAGAAAGAAAACACAAGGCCCGUAAUCAAGAUAUUCGUUGGGGUACGCAAGAAUUUUAA